AUGGCUGAAAGGACUAAAAUUACCCUUAACUGUGUUGUUAAAGAGAAUCCUAUUGAAGGCCAGUUCAGAAUUAAAAUCGAUGAAAAUGAUUUUAUUUGUGAUCUUCGAAAAGCCAUAAGGGAAAAUCAGAGAGGUACUUUUGAAUAUGGUAGUCUCAGCAUCAAGUUAUGGUUAGUAGAUAUCGAUCUUGGUAAUAGGGCAGUGCUUGAACAACUUCAAAACGCUGACUCAAAUAUCAAGUCCGUUACAGGAGGUAUUAGGAUUAUAGAAGGAUUCAGAAAGAUUGGACUGCAUUUUAAUAAUCCGGAUCCAAAUAAAAUUCAUCUUGUAGUCCAAGGUUGUGAAAGAAAAGCUAAAAACCCACCUUCUGAUCCUGGUUCUGAUGUCGAGGGUUUUCAUGACUAUGAUGAAGGCAAUGAGGAUAACUCCAUCUCAUUAACUUCGAACGAUAUCAUAGCCUUUAAUAAGGAAAUUGAGAAUCUGGGUCCUGGCGAUGAAGAUAGUGAUGUGGGAUAUGAUACUCCUUAG